CUUUUGAGACUUGUAUGUUUAUAUUUACACGAGAAUCACGUUCGAGUGAGAGAGCCGUUCGAUCAAAAAUGGAUGGGUUUUUUAUGACUAGAGUUAUUUGCAAUCAUGUAGGUUUGAAGAAAAUGUUUAUAAAGGAAUGGAUUUGCUGAGAGCCACUCAAUACUUUGCUACUUACUUGUGCAGGAAGUAUUGCAAGCAUCGGUUGCAGAUGAUGGGAUUCUCUAAAUUAAUCGGAUUAAUAGCCGUUAUUGGUUUAGUCAACGCUCACCCCAACGGGUUUCAGCCCAAUGAUUACCCCCAAAAUCAGGUGAACGCCUGGCAGCAAGCAUGUCGUAAUUUCCAACAACAACAGCUGCAAACACAGGCUGCCCAAAAUCAAUUCUUCGCGCAAACAUUCCCUCAUGUUGCCCUACCGCCACUUCCGUUCAUGGAUUUGUGCGGUCAAUUCGGAGGAAGUGGUUUUGCACAAAGUGGUGCUAGCGCUGGCGCAUUCUCCGGUGGACUAGACGGAGGGCUGGGAAACCGUUUUGGAGGUGGUGGUGGGGGUGGAUCUGUACAGGGUGUUAGCGUAAGCACCGGCUCACUCCCGAACGGCCAGUCAGGAACAUCGGUUACCCAUUUUGGUCCAGGGGGAGCCAGUACCACUCAUUACGGUCAAGAUGGAAAUGGAUUUGCCACCGCCAACAGAUUCAGUGGAAGCGAUGGGGGCAAUCAUGCCGGGGCCAGUUUUAGUUCGUUCAGCGGUACCCCAGGAUACGGAGGAUUUUCGACGGCCAACCGUUUUGGUGGAAGUGGUGCAAGCUCUGGAGUAGGAGUUAGUUCAUUUGGUGCUUCAUCGUCUACUGGAAAUGGAGGAUACGCAACAGCAAACCGAUUUGGAGGUGGUGGAGGUAGCGGCGGUGGUUAUUCGGGUGUAGGCGCAAGUUCGUUCGGAGGCAAUGGAGGAAAUUUUGCAACGGCCAAUCGCUUUGGUGGCGCUGAUGGCGGACAGAGUUUCAGCGCACAAGGACAGCAUGGUGCAGGAAUUAGUGUAUCAAGUGUUGAUGAUGGUCACGGUAACGUACAUACGCAAGUGCACAAGCAACAAUAUUAGGUCGGAAAAUGAAAGUUUAUUGAGCUUUCAAGAAACUACAUAGGUGUUAAAAAUACAUGUUGUUUAAUUAUCAUGAAAUA